AUGUUCUAUUUAUUGGUCGCUCGGGAAGGUAUAUUGGAAGAAACAUCACCAAAAAGUCCAUCAGCUCCAUCACAGAUAGAAGUUCGUAGUACAGAAGACAUUGACAGAUCCCACUUAGACACACAUGCAAUAAUUGAAACGUCCACAGGGUGUGCUACAGAAUCAGAUUUCGAUAUUGGAAAUGUCAGAUGCAAAACAUUUACUGAGACUGUCAGCGAAGAUAAUAAGCAUAAAUUGACAGUGCUCAUGCACAACGAAACAGAUGGCACACCAGCUGAAAACCCUCAACCUAGAAAGCAAGUACUUCAAUUGCGUUUAAUAGAUGAUGAUGGUUUUUGUGAUGAACCAAUAUAUGAAGUUCUGACGGAUGAUGAAACUGAAAAGGCAGUGGACAAGAAACAAACAGCGACACAGACUGCUGCACAAAAUUUACCUGCAAAGGAUGUUCAAUAUGCUCCACCAGUUAUAGCAGCCGAGGAACAGAAAACAGAACAGGAAACAGAAUCAACAUGUAGAAAGGUUAAAAAUAAGGAAUACUGGAAGUUAAAGCUGAAGCAUAUCCUCCACAACACGCAGUUCUGUGGAAUCUGUUUCGAGGCUGACGUCGACAUGAACGCACUCACCGAUGAGUUUGAGAUCACUGAUGAUGAAAGGACUUAUAGGAGAUCUCUAAGAGAUAUUGUAGAUAAGCUUUUUAGAGAGUGUGGAUAUUGCCCAGCUAACUCACAAAUAUGCAACAAUUGUACAAAGAAACUAAUUCAGUCCUAUAUAUUUAUACACAAUGCUGAAGAGACAUCGAAAAUGCUGGAUCGUCAUUUGGAUGAACUGUAUACUAAAACUUGCUAUGUACGAAACAAUUCUCUGAAAGAUGCCAACAAUGCACAUUCAAGGAUAUACAACGUUGUUAUUGCAUUAGACAAUAAAGAGAUUGCCGAGACCUUUGAAAGUAGUCAAAUUAAAAUUGAAAAGCCAGAGUCACACCAAAAUGAAAAAGACCAGAUUCGUGACAAAAGAAAACUGAGAACUGUGCAGGAUGGUGAACUGUUGCAACAUUUGAAAACGCGCCACAAACACUCGAUACACUUAUGUACGACAUGUAAUGUCGCAUUUUACUCCGCCAAGGCUCUAGGAAGACAUAUAAAGGAAUGUCAUCGUGGAGAGGAUUCUAAAUGUGUGACGUGUCUGCAGAGUUUGACGCAAGUAGAGUUGGAGCGGCACCAGUGCAGGUUCAAGUGUCCGGAGUGUGAGGAGGCGCCUUGUAUCCAUCACCGGCAUCUGAUGUGGUACAGAGAGCAGAUGGCGAACCUCGCCCCCAGAGCCAAGUGUGCGGAGUGUCGCUACGUGUGUACAAGUAAGGACGCGCUCGUCGCGCACGUCAACAGACAACAUUUGAGUCUCCAGCCUCACCGCUGUGCCAGCUGCGGACACGAGUUCUAUUGUGAGUCUCAUUUAAAUAAACAUAUUUGUACACCUGAGAAAAACAACGAAGACCUCCACAUUUGUCAAUAUUGUGAUAAAGCAUUUAGCAGUUUGUAUAUUUGUAAACGACAUGAAAAAGGGUGUGAAGGCGUGCAAAGGAAGUAUCAGUGCGAUGAUUGUCCAGCUAAUUUUGAUUCCUCAAAAGAUCACAUGAAACAUAGAAAACUUAAGCACGGUAAAGAGGUCUUGUCGUGCAGUUUGUGUGACAGAGUAUUUUUAAACGACCUGAAGAGGACAAGACAUGAGCGGCAAGCCCACGGCAAACAGCUAGGAAGGGCACGCUUUGUUUGUGUGGUUUGUCAAAUUGAGUUCUCGUCGAAGGCGGCCUUGGAACUACACAUGAGAUACCAUGAACCUGAAGCAAAGUUUUAG